UAAAGAUCCUUUUAAAAUGGAGCAUUCACGUUCUUCUUGCUAGGGUAAAGCUUUUAAUACCUUCAAGCCGCUUCUUCUUAGCUCUAUCUCUCUCUGCAAUGGCGAGAGUACUGCGUGUGGCGAGAUCCUCCUCCCUCUUUGGCCUCGGAAGCCGAUUUUACUCCACCUCAGCCGGAGAAGCUAGCCACGCUUCCCCGUUUCUUCACGCCGGAGGAGCUAGCAGGGUUCUCGCCAAGGAUAGGAACGUGCAGUGGGUGUUUCUAGGUUGUCCCGGCGUCGGGAAAGGCACCUACGCUAGCAGACUGUCGACCCUUCUCGGCGUUCCUCACAUCGCCACCGGAGAUCUCGUCCGCGAGGAGCUUGCUUCCUCCGGUCCUCUCUCCCGACAGCUAUCAGAGAUUGUAAACCAAGGGAAGCUUGUUUCGGAUGAGAUCAUAGUAAACCUAUUGUCAAAGAGACUUGAGGCUGGUGAAGCCAAAGGUGAAUCAGGUUUCAUUCUUGACGGCUUUCCUCGAACCAUGAGACAAGCCGAAAUACUGGGAGAUGUAACUGAUAUCGACCUAGUGGUGAAUUUGAAACUACCUGAGGAAGUUUUGGUUGACAAGUGCCUUGGGAGGAGAACUUGUAAUCAAUGCGGCAAAGGUUUCAAUGUAGCUCACGUCAACUUAAAGAGUGAGAAUGGGAAGCCUGCGAUCAGCAUGGAUCCACUUCUCCCUCCACCUCAGUGUAUGUCAAAGCUCAUCACUCGAGCUGACGAUACCGAAGAGGUUGUCAAAGCAAGGCUUCGUAUAUACAAUGAAACCAGCCAGCCCCUUGAAGAAUACUACCGUAGCAAGGGAAAGCUUAUGGAGUUUGACCUACCUGGAGGCAUUCCAGAGUCAUGGCCAAGGCUAUUAGAAGCCCUAAGGCUUGAUGAUUACGAGGAGAAGCAAUCUGCCGCGGCGUAGUUCACCUCCGGUAUUUAGAUUCUUUUGCAUGUGGAAGACAUAUGCCUAAUCAAUUUUGUGUUGGGAAAUAAAAGAUUGGUUUCUUAUACAUACCUCAGUUCAGAAUAAUCAUGCACACUUUGCAAACUAUUAUUAUCUUUCCACGAAUGUGGUUUUCGGUUUUGUUAAGAGAGAUAUGAUGAUGUAUCAUUGAUUGUUUAUGAGCUUGCUCUAGUUACAGGAAUGUAUUAAUAUUUAAUACAUUUACACUAGUUUGUUA